AUGGCUGAUGAACGGGACAAGACGUGGAACCAAAGCGACUACGUUCGAAUUUCCUCUCGCGACAUAGGAUGGGAUACCGGAGGUCGCUCAGUACCAAAUCCGUUCAUUGACACAGACUCGCUCAACGAACACAGAAGCCCAACACCUGCAGGUGAUUCACAUCAAGAAUUGUCAGAUCUUACAAAUCGUCGCUCGCGAAGCUUCCCGAAAGCACAAGAUGAGACAACCAGCGCAGUGGAUAGAGAUAUACCUACUAUAUACUCUCGAAAGUCGAACAAGAUUCAAAUACAAUGGUGCACUAAUUUCGGCUGGUGGGGAGAAGUAGCGUCAUUAUCGCUAGGCAUCUUUUCAGUGGUGAGCAUUCUGCAUAUGCUUUCGACUAUCGACAACAAACCACUCUCAGACUGGAAAUACAUGGAGCCUAAUUCUUUGGCCGCCGCAUACUCGACCAUCAUAAAGGCCUCUAUUCUCUAUCCAGUUGCACAGUGCAUUGGCCAACUCAAGUGGAUCUACUUUGAGAAUCCGAAACAGUUGAGCCUUUUGCAAACCUUUGACGAUGCCAGCAGGAGUCCCUGGGGGGCGGCGGUGUUGCUUUGGAAGACAAAAGGUACCGCGUUGGUGGCCUCUACUGGUGCACUCAUAACAAUAACCAUCCUCGCUUUCGAUCUAUUCACCCAGAGAUCGAUCUCAUUCACAACACGCUCCUCUGUUCUGCGUAACGAGACAGGCUAUCUAACGAAUACACAAGCCUGGCUCGACCCAUCCAGUAUGCUACCGAUAAUGCAAAAUGAUAGCAUUGUUCCGGUUUCUAUUCAGGGAUUGGCUUACUACCCGUUAUCGCAGUCAAUGCUUGCGAUCAUGUCCGAUCAACCCUUCGAACUUACCAAUGCGAAGUGCCCUGCCCCCCAUUGCAAAGCUCCUGAUUACGAAUCUCUUGCUGUUUGUGCAACAUGUGAUACACAAACAAUAAGCAGCGAAUCAUUCAGUAGUUGCAGUUAUAAUCUGAAAGGCAGUGGAAAAGAUCAGAACUUCACAAGUAUAAACAAUCUCCGCACCCGUUUAAAGGAGAUUGGCAACAACUCAGACCUCAACAUCACAGGCCGUUGCGGAAUGGUGGUAGAAAAAACCCCAGACCCACUACUUUACGGCCAUGACGCAAAUUUGACUAUCCAGUGGUAUUUCUUUAACGGGCUCAUAGGGUUCACUCACAUAGAGAGCGCCUCGAACGGCAGUAAACCUCAGGGUGAAAUAUUAGGACCGGCUAUAGGUUUUCAAACGAGCCAACUACAAUCAUGUAACAGCGAAACGAAUUGGGGAGUUCUUCAUGGCCAAGCCACUUUAGAUCGGAAGGAGGGGAAUUAUAGCUCUACGUCUUUGCAAACAUAUCAUUGUUUCAAUUCUACCACCGACCUGAUGCUCUGGAACGACGUUUCGAAGAUUGGCGAAAUCAACGGCACGUCUACGCGCUGUCGUCUGAAUCUCUGUGCCCAGCAGUACAGAGACGUCCGGAUCUCGCUUAAUCGGUCCCACUCCCAGACUACAAACAAGAUAUUGAAGCGCAAAAGCCGCGACCAAACCCGGUCCAGAUAUUCUACGGAAGAUAACCCCUCGGUGGAGUACCUUAUCGACGAGGGAGCUCGAAAGAGUCUCAUCGACAUAACCACAGAUAUCUGGAAGAACAAACUCUUAACAACCACGCUAUCCAUGGGCGGGGAGCGGAUCAAUCCAGGAAACUGGACGAACCGCUUCAAUCGACUAGCAGCCGCCCUAUCAACAGUCAUCCAAGGGCCGUCAAACCCCGAUGCGAAGAAUUUCACCAUUGAAGCGUACGGAGAUGUCAUCUAUGUCGAGGUUCGGUGGUGUUGGAUGAUUCUACCACUAUCAACCACUAUUCUUACCGUCAUAUUUUUCGCGUCGACGGUCAUUAGAAGUACCCGAAAACCGUAUCUAUUCAAGUCGUCUAUCUUGGCUUUGCUCAUUCAUGGCCUUGAGGGCUGGGAUGUGUCGAGUGGUGAGGAACGAUUUGAUAGCACACGAGUGACUGAAUCUAAGCUGCUGGUACAGGCGGAAUCGAUAACAGCAACGCUCCAGCGGAACGAAGGAGGGAUUUGGAAAUUGAGGACGGAGUAGAACUAAAAAUUAAUCAUCUUCUAAGAGGCGCGAAGGAGAUUAAUAAGAUGGAUCGGAUUAUCUAGUCAAGAGGCUUUGAGGGCCGAAGGAUCUUAUGGCUGCAACUAGAAUGGGAGGCUGGUACAAGAAUGUACUAUCUGUAACGAGGUAGGCACGGUCAACCAUGUGGCCUUCUCUCGCUUAUAGAGGUUUAGGCUAGACUAGAGACAACCGCUAGUGCUAGUGCUAGCCCUAGCAUUAUCUAUAUAUAUAUUAUACUAUGCGAGAAUACUUGGCUUAAGUAUUCUCGUGCGUACCUUUUGGUACAGUGGGGAAAGUCGUAUAGUAUCGGCUUGGCAGGCGGGGCGCCUACCUCAUUACAGUAUCUAGUGGGUAAUGGGUAGUAUGGAGUACUAAAAGUGUAUUCCUAGCUGUAGAGAGAGUAAACAGAAAGACAGUAGAUGCUUGAAAAGAGUAGGCUAAAGCCAUUUUACAACUACAGCGG